AUGAUGAGUAAUCACUCAAGUGCCACUGAAUUCUGCCUUUUAGGGUUCUCAGGGUCCCACCAACUACACUACGUUCUUUUUGCUGUAUUCUUUCUCUUCUACUCAGUGACAAUAAUCAGCAACAUGGUCAUCAUUGUGAUUGUCUCUGUCGAUAAACGUCUGCAGUCCCCCAUGUAUUUCUUCCUUGGUCAUCUCUCUGCCUUGGAGAUCAUGAUCACGUCCCUUAUCGUCCCUGCGAUGCUCUGGGGGUUGCUGCUCCCUGGGAUGCAGACAAUAUCUCUGGCUGCAUGUGUUGCCCAACUCUUCCUGUACCUUGCUCUGGGGACCACAGAGUUUGCAUUGGUGGGAGCAAUGGCUGUGGACCGUUAUGUGGCUGUCUGUAAUCCUUUGAGGUACAAUACCAUUAUGGACAGCCAAACUUGCAUCUUGGUGGUGAUUGGGUCAUGGAUGUUUGGGUUCCUUUCUGAAAUCUGGCCAGUCUAUGCCACAUUUCAGUUUACCUUCUGCAAAUCAAACGUCUUAGACCAUUUUUUCUGUGAACGAGGUCAGCUGCUCAAACUGUCCUGUGAUGACACUCUUUUCACAGAGUUUAUUCUGUUUUUAAUGGCUGUUUUCAUUAUCAUUGGUUCUCUGGCCCCAACAAUUGUCUCCUACACCUACAUCAUCUCCACCAUCCUCAAGAUCCCCACUGCCUCUGGCCGCAGGAAAGCCUUCUCUACCUGUGCCUCCCACUUCACCUUUGUUGUCAUCGGCUACGGCAGCUGCUUGUUCCUCUAUGUGAAACCCAAGCAAACUCAGGCAGCUGAGUACAAUAAGAUAGUCUCCCUGUUGAUUUCCAUGUUAACCCCUUUGCUGAACCCUUUCAUCUUCACUCUCCGGAACGACAAAGUCCAAGAGGCCCUUCGAGAUGGAGUGAAUCGCAGCUGUCAACUCCCCAAGGAUUAA